AUGAAGUUCUCCGCUGUUCUCGCCGCCGCUUCUGCCGGCCUUGUCUCCGCCGCCGGUAACGUUACCGUUGCCCCCGUCGCCCCCGCUGCUAACGCCACCGUUACCCAGGUCGGUGUUGUCACCGCCAACCAGACUGUCCAGGUUACCAUCACCUCUUGCAAGGAUGAUGCUUGCCACCAGGCCACCGCCAUCCCCACCACCGCUGUGCUGGUCCCCGUCCCCGUCACCAACGGUACUGCUGCUGCUCCUCACAACGGAACUGCUCCUGCUCCUGCCCCUGUUCCUGCUCCUCACAACGGUACCCACGCCGGUAACCACACCAAGCCCCAGCCUUCUCAGGCCGAGGGCUCCCACACCGGCACCGUUGCUCUUGCCAACGGCGCUUCUGGCCUCGGCCUCUCUGGUGCCGCUGCUGCCAUUGCUGCCGCUGCCCUCCUCCUCUAA